AUGUCGAAACCGUGGGGCAACAUCGGAACCUGGGCCGCCGAGGCCGAGCGCGAGGAAGAGGAAAUGGAAGCCGCCGCAGCAGCCUCAUCCGUCGCCGCCGCCGCCGCACCGGCCGACGCCCAGAGCUUCCCUAGUCUCCGGGAAUCCGUCACCGCGAAGCCCAAGAAGAAGAAGAUGACCCUGAACGAGUUCUACUCCGUCUCUAGCGCUACCUUGAACCGUCCCGUCCAGUCCAAAGGACUCACUCCCGACGAGAUGCUCCGUCUCCCCACCGGCCCACGCGAGCGCGACCCGGAAGAAAUGCAGUACGGUACCCGCGGGUUCUCCAGUUACGGCCGCUCCGGCGGCCCUCCUCCCGGAAGGGGCCGGGAUGAUUUCAACGAUGGCGGGUCGUGGGGUGCUGGGGGCGCUGGGAGGCGGCAGUAUGGCGGUGAUUACGAUGACGAACGGCGCGGCCCGCCUUCUAGGGUUUCGGAUUUCGAUCAGCCUUCGCGAGCUGAUGAAGUGGACAAUUGGGCAAUGGGGAAGAAGGCUCUUCCGUCGAUGGAUUCUGGCCGUCAGAGUAGGUAUGGCUCGCUUGGGAGUGGCGAUGGGGGCAUGGGAGGUGCCUCUAGGGCUGAUGAAGUGGAUAACUGGGCUUCUGGUAAGAAGCCGGCGGCGGCUCCUUCUAGAUCCUCGAACUUUGGGUCCGGGUUCCGUACCUCCGGGCCGGAGCCUGACCGGUGGACUAGAGGGGAAGGAAUCCGUGAGCUGGAGGCGACGGAGAGACCGAAAUUGAUUUUGAAUCCUCCCAAAACCGAUGUGACGGCAGUGACUGAGCCACUUACCGAGGCAAUCAAGACGAACAAGCCAAACCCAUUUGGGGCAGCGAGGCCGAGAGAGCAAGUUUUGGCCGAGAAAGGGUUGGAUUGGAGGAAGCUCGAAACUGAUAUUGAAUCAAAGAAGACUUCUUCCCAAUCAAGCAGGCCAACAAGCGCUCAUUCUAGCAGGCCUUCGAGUGCACAUUCCAGUAGGUCUGAGGCUGCUCCUGCUGGGUUGCUGCAGCAGGGAUUGGAAAAUUUGGCGAGACCAGCUAGACCGAAGGUGAACCCCUUUGGGGAUGCUAAGCCCAGAGAAGUGUUGUUACAAGAAAGAGGGCAGGACUGGCGAAAAAUUGAUCGUGAUUUGGAGCAUCGCAGUAUUGAAAGACCAGAGACAGAAGAGGAAAAGUUGCUGAAAGAAGAAAUAAAUCAGCUAAAGCAGGAAUUCCAGAAGGAAGCUUCAUUGGAAGAGAACAAAAAGGAAUCUGUACAGGUCACCGAUGGGGAUGAUAAAUCCAGUUUGCGAGAUGUAAUACGCCAGAAGGAGAAGGAACUAGAGACAUUGACUCGUGAGUUGGAUGACAAGCUUCGAUUUGGUCAGAAACCACAUAACGAGAGGCCUGGUUCUGGGGCAGGUAGGACUGGCGGUUUCUAUGAGAACAGACCUCCUUCUCGAACUGGAUCAAUGGAUGAGGCCAGGAGUACUGAGUUUAUGGACAGACCUCACUCACGUGGUGCACAAGAUACAUGGGCCCGGCCCAUUGAUGAUAGAAGGUCGUAUCAAGGUGGCAGGGAAAGAGGAUUUCUGGGUAGCAGAGACUUUGACAGGCCAAGAUCAAGGGAUAGAUGGUGA